UCCUCCCUCUCCCUCUCCCUCUCUCUCUCUCUCCCUCAGCCCCAUCUUCCGUCGUGUUCGCUUCGCUGUUCCUAGGGUUCCGCUCGGAGCCGCUCCGAUGUCGAGGUUCGAGUACCCGAGGCUCUCCCGAUCGGAGAUACUGUCGUUCCUCGUCGACUCCCAGAUCUUCACCAGCGUCUCGGCGCAGCACCUCGCUGAUCCAACCCCGGAUUUCGUGUCCGAUCUCUACACCCAGCUCUUGAUCUACCUCGAUUCUUUCCAAGAGGAAGAUGGGCAAAUGGAGUUUGAGGCGCUUGAGCGGCUCGAGAACCCGGACUUCCACGUGGAGUCGGUGCGGAAAAUGAACCUGUGCAGCCGAGUGAAGGAGGUCGUGGCCUCUCUGCGUUGUCCCACACAGUUUAACCUGAAGGAUCUGGUGAAGCCCGACGCGGAGCGGACCGAGAUUUUUGUCAGCGCCAUUCUCAAUUUCUGUUUCCACAAAGACAACAAAAUGAAUCUCUUAAAACCGAUAGUGGAAGAACUGAACCUCCUUGACGAACAACAGAAGGAAUGGGAGAAUAAGUUAUCCCAGUUGAAUGCAGAGGUUGCAAAGUUUAAUGAAGCCAGAGAGAUGGAAUUACCUCUUGUUCAAAAGGUAGAUGCAAAGCUGAAAGAACUGCGCCAGACGAUAUCAGAACUUAACAAUCAUCAGAUGUCCUUAAGAACUACUUCUCGAAAGUUGGAGAAGAAGAGUCAAGAAAUGGAUGCCAAGAUCCUUAAUGCUCAGUGUGAGCUUGUGCAAAGUGGUCAAGCCAAUGCAGAGUUACGCUCAAAAGUAGUCCAGUCACCCGAUAAGCUUCAGAGGUCUCUCGAAGAGAAAAAAAUAGUUCAGGAAGAGGCAAGAAAUGCUGAAAACUUGGCAAAGCAAUCUUUUGAGGACAAGAAUGCUGUUAUGGAGGUUUACACAAAGGUGUUCAAAAAAUUGUCCAAGCACUUAACAGUGAUGCAAAAGAUACAAGAACAGGUUAACUCUGCCAAAGCUAUUGAUAAAGAUGUCAAGGUGCUGAAGUCUAAGCUAAGUGAUGAUGGAGUCUUGGAUAAAUCUCUUGAUGCCAAGCUUGUUGAACUGCAGGGAAGAGUGGAACAAUUGGAUGAACUGAGAAAGCAGGCAGAAAAGGAAAGUCAUACUAAAUGUGAGGAAGCUACUAGAGAAGCCAAUAACGUGAAAAUGGAAGUGGAACUUAGGAAACAUGAGUUGGAGGCAAGACAAAGGAAGGUCGAAAGUGUGGUUGCAGAGGUGGAUUCUAUUACUUCAAGGACAAAUUCGAUAAAAGAAUCCUGUGCAGCUGAACAACAAGAGCUAUUACGUAGAUGCGAAGAUACUAUUAAAGAGUUUCGCUGUUACUUAAAGUCUAUUGGAACCGUUCUUCCAAUAGCCUAAGAGCAGGUGCGGAGGUCAAUGGAGGAAUCAUGUGGUUACGCACCCAAAAAGUUGCUACAUUUCUUUGGUACAACUGGCUUGUUGGCUCCGAACUUGCAUGAGCAAGAUGCUUUUAUUCUCCCUUUAGUUUCAUCUACAAAUUUGUUUUUCCAACUUAAACUUGUGAGAGUUCUGGUGUAAGUACAAUAUACUACUAGUCAUGUUUAUUGGAGCUA